AAUUAACACAAAACAGUUGUUAGUUUGCACGAAUGACAUUUCUGUAAAACGUGAAACUUGCCCACAUCUUUUAUCGACCGAAUUUCAGCUAAAUAUGUUAAGUUUUUGACGAUUAUUUUUUUUAAUUUACGUUGUAUUUUCAGUCUCAUCUCCUUACUACUUCAUUUCCCAGAGUUCUUUGCUCUAAACAAAGCUACUGCCUGUAGCAGCAUGGCAGUUGUGAACUUUAGUCAGAUUAUCUUUUUCUAACUUCUUACAGUGUAUAAGGAGGAGUUUUGUAUCAGAGCUGUAGACUCUUGUGACCGAGCAGUUGCUAAUCAUGGGCGGCGUUUUGGUCAAAUGUGCGGCCGUUGACCUCGGGAUCCAGUGGACCGGCUGGGCUCUGGCUGCAGCUUUCAGAACCGAGAAGUUUUAUGAUUUAGCAGGAUCUGGGACUUUUGUAUUGCUCGCCCACCUGAGUCGUAUCUGGGGAGGAGCUACACACAUCCGCCAGAAGGUGCAAACUGGUUUAGUGACAGCAUGGGGACUCAGGCUGGGGACAUUCCUCUUCAUGCGGAUCUUGAGGGACGGUCAGGACCGCAGGUUCAACAAAGUCAGAGACAGUCCAGGGUCUUUCUUCGUAUAUUGGACCAUUCAAGCUCUGUGGGUGUUUAUGACCCUCCUGCCCACCCUGAUGCUGAACACUGAGCAGAGAAACACACCUCUGGGAACCAGAGACUAUAUUGGCUGGACCGUAUGGGGCCUUGGCUUUGUUACUGAAGCCGUUGCUGACCAGCAGAAAUUGCUCUUUAAGAAAGACCCUGAUAAUGCUGGGAAGUUCAUCCGGAGUGGGCUCUGGGCCUACAGCCGCCAUCCUAACUACUUAGGGGAGAUUCUGCAGUGGUCGGGCCUCUGGCUCUCGGCCUCUUCAGUGAUGCAGGGUCACCAGUACCUGAGUGUAGCAUCGCCUCUCUUUGUCUGGUUUCUGCUUUGUUACAUCAGCGGCAUCCCCAUUCUGGAGAAGCAGGCCAUGAGGAAGUGGGGGUCUGAUCCAGCUUUCCAGGACUACAUCAAGAACACUCCUGUUCUCUGGCCCUGGUCUAAAUGUUAACGUGAACUGCAUUCAUUCCUUUUAAUUUACCCACUUAAAUAAACUUUUAAAUAUGUAAUCACUCACAGGCCAGUGCAUCAGGAACACCUGUUUAACAGCCUUUGAAAUGUGGUUUAAAUGACUUUAAACAUAGGGAGCCGUACCACUGUAGUCACAAAUACCCAUAAAGUAUUACAAAAAUAAAAUAGCAUUAAAAUAUAAACAAAUACCAAGUCUGCUUGUGUAUUGUUACUAGGGUGUGGGCUGGGGGUUGAGGGGUCAAUCUUAGUACAUCAGUGCAAGUAUUCUUUUCCUUCAUUGAGUUAUCCCUGCCCUGAAUAUUUUAACACUGUUCUGUAUCUGAGGUCCUUUUUUCAUCAGACCCUUCCCUUUUUAACACUAAUAUAAUCGGCCGUUUCUACAAUAAAGACAUCUGUUAGUG